UUCGGAUUACAACAUCAAAGUGUAGAAAUUGUAUUUAGAAUGGAACAAGAAGCGUCGUUUGUGAUCAUCGGAGGAGGCAUAGCAGGUGUUUCAUGUGCUGAGGGAUUGCAGUGCUUGUGUCCUGAUGAGAAAACAAUUCUACUAACAGCUUCACCUGUUGUUAAAAGAGUCACCAAUGUAGUACCUUUGACAAAAAUGUUAGCCAAGUUUGACGUUAUUGAAACAAGUCCUGACAGUCUAUCAAAUGUUGAACAGGAAUCGUUAGUUGUGAUACAAGACCCGGUUGCUAGUAUCAAUUCUACAAAUCAUUUAGUCACUACUGUUUCUGGACGUGUUAUCCGUUAUAAGAAGUUGUGCGUUUGUACCGGUGGAGUUCCAAGGCUAAUUUCAAAAAAUCCACAUGUAAUUGGAAUCAGAGAUACAGAAUCAGUUGCUAGUUUUCAAAAAAGAGUAGCUAAUUCACAAAGAAUUGUUGUGGUAGGCAAUGGGGGGAUUGCUACUGAAAUAGUUUAUGAACUAACUGGUGUUGAAAUAGUUUGGGUUAUAAAAGAUAAUCAUAUAUCUGCCCCUUUUAUUGAUCCAGGGGCGGCCGAGUUUUUUCAGGAUUCAUUGAAACAGGGGAAACCAGAAACUGGAGAUAAAAAACCGAUCAAAAGAAAAGUUUAUACAAUUUCAGGAGAAGAAACAGUAUCUGGUGGAGCUGCGUUAGGUCCAGAUUGGCAUACAAAUUAUAAUCUACACGGUAAAUCUUCUUUUAAAUGUAAAGUCAUCAUAGAAUAUAACUGUGAGGUAAACGCUGUUUUGAAUCCUGCUGAAAUGGACGAUUGCUCUAAAACAGUAGAUGAACCUUUGUGGCCGGUUUAUGUUAGAUUGACAAAUGGUAAAAUAUAUGGAUGCGAUCUGAUCGUUUCAGCCACCGGUGUUGUUCCCAACAGUGACAUCAAAUUUACUGAUGAUAAGAAGUUUGACUUAGCUGAGGAUAAGGGCAUCAAAGUGAAUGAGCAAAUGGAGACAAACGUGAUUGAUAUAUUUGCUGCGGGCGAUGUUUGUACUCCGGUUUGGCAGCAAGCAACUCAUUGGUUUCAAAUGCGACUCUGGACACAAGCACAUCAGAUGGGCAGCUAUGUUGCAAAGACAAUGCAUGCCUCCCUUGUCAACCAACCAGUACUGCAGGAUUUCUGUUUCGAACUUUUCACUCAUGUUACAAACUUUUUUGGCUUUAAUGUUGUGCUACUGGGACUUUUUAACGCCCAAAAACUAGCUCGUAACUAUUCGUGUCUUCUACGUGUUACCUCUGGAGUAGAAUAUUUGAAAAUUGUCAUGAAAGAAGGACGCAUGCAGGGAGCUGUUCUGAUAGGCGAUACCGAUCUGGAAGAGAUGUGCGAAAAUUUAAUUUUGAAUCAGCUUGAUCUUACAAAUCUCGAAAAUGAACUUCUCAAUCCUGAUAUUGAUAUGGAUGAUUAUUUUGAUUAGUACUAUGAACUAUAAAUAGUAGCUACAGUAUGAAUUGUUUUGUUUUCUAUAAAAAUAUCUUUCCUUUCAAAUAAAUUUAAUAUCCAAAGGA